AUGGAUGAGGGUAGGGCUUUACCCGUUGGUAGCCGUGUACAAAUUAAAGACAAGCCUGAGCUUGGUACCGGUACAAUCAAGUAUGUCGGUAUGGCAAAGUUUCAAACAGGUAGAUGGGUCGGUAUCGAAUUGGAUACCUCGGUUGGAAGAAACGACGGUACUGUACAAGGUGAAAAGUACUUUGAUUGUCGUGCAGCACAUGGUAUCUUUGUCAAACCAAAUAUGGUCAUUGUCAUAGAGACUCCUUCUUCUUCCUCUUCCUCAUUAUCAGAUGACAUUCCACUUACUAUCAGUGAUCUGUCGUCAUCGAUGCCUCCACCAUCAUCUUCAACACCAUCAAGCAUGUUACCUCCAUCGAGUACAUCUCCCCUAUCUUCUUCAACAGGUCUCCCCUCUACUUCUACAAGUAAACCGUCUGGUAUAAGACCACCAUCAUCGCUUGGAAAGAGACCAUCUAUUACUCCAACAACCACUACUACUACCGGAGCUUCAUCAGCUGCUGCUGGUAGUGGAAUCAGACCACCAUCUUCACUUGGAAAGAGACCUUCUGUUACUCCAACUACAACAAAUACAACUGCAACUACUACUACUACAACUGCAACAGACUCUGGAUUAAAGAAACCAACUUCAGUCUCCUCCAAACCAUCGUCAUCAUCACCAGCUAGUACUUCUCCACCAGCUACAUCAACAUCACCAGUUCCACCUGUUACUGCUGCUGUUGUUGCACCCGCUCCCGCUGUACCAGCUACUCCUACUCCUGCUCCAACACCAGUGGUAGCUGAAAAGGAGGUAUCACCUGUUACUACAACCACAACUACAACUACAACACCAGCACCAGCAGCUGCUACAACCAAAGAAUCAAAGAUUGCAAGACCAUCUGGAUUGAAACCACCAACAACAACUACAACUCCAACUCCAACUCCCGUUGUAACAGAGGUAGAAAAACCAAAACCAGUUAUAACUACAACACCUACCGCUGCUGCUCCUACACCAAAAGAAGAUCAAUCCCCAUUAUCACCAUCAUCAGAUAAAAAGGUACAAAAGGUUGUACAAGGAGAAGAUGAUGACGAAGAUAGCGGUGAUGAAGUAGCAGCUCCAGUUAUUGCAACACCUCUAUCUCCACCAAAACAAAGUGUCCAACAACAACAACAACAACAACAAAUCAAUGAAAAUGUCGAAAAGAUGAUGCUAGCUAUCAAUGAAUUAACAGAAUAUAAAACUAAAGCUCAAGAACAAAUAUCAGAAGCUCAAAAUACAAUUAAGGAAUUAAAAUCUGAAAAGGAAAAAGCAAUUAGAGAAUAUGAAAAACAAAUUCAACAAAUUGAAAAGACAUUAAAGGAUAAAGAAAAGGAAUAUGAAUCAUCUGUCAAACAUCAACAAAAACAUGAUGAAUCAAUUGAAAAACAAUUAUCAAGAGUUCAAGUUGAAUGGGAAAAGGAAAAGAAGGAAUUAUUGGAACAAAUCUCAACCAUUAAUGAAAAUGUUGAAAUGUUAACAUUGGAUAAGGAAUUUGCCGAGGAAAAGGUUGAACUGGCCGAAGGUGAAUUGGAAGUGGUUAAAGAGGAAUUGGAAUUAUUAAAGAGUCAAGUGGAAGCACAAGAAUUGGAAAGAUCGGCUGCUUUGGAAAGCACAGACAGUGGUGAUGCGUUAACAAGUGAAAGUGCUGCCGUUCUCAAAGCACAAAUCGAGAAACUCAAAGAAACAUUGGUCAAGUUGCGUGAUGUGACUGUCAAUGAGAAACAUGAAAAUGCAAAGAAAUUCAAAGAGAUGGAGGCAAUGAGCAGACAAUUAUCAACCACUAUUGAAAAGGCCAACAAGUUGGAAUCAGUCCUUGCUCAACGUAGCGAAGAGGUUGAGGAGCUCAAGCAAGCUCUCGACGAUGCACAGAUAUCCGAUGACUUGGUUGCUGAUCUCUCUGAAAAGAAUAUAGAGUUGAAUGAAAAGGUGGUAGAGUUGACCACGACGAUUGCCGAUCUCGAAGAUAUGCGUGACUUGGCAUCGGAACUCGAAGAGAACCAGGCUGCCGUAGAAAAGGCGUUGCGUUCAGAACUGCAUCUCAAGGAGGUAGAGUGUCUCAACAUGAAUGGACAGCUUGCCAACAGCCAGCUCAAGACCCAAGAGGGUGACCGCACCAUCACACAGUUUAGAGAGUUGGUCGGACGUUUGCAGAACCGUCUCGAGGAAAUGCGUCGCAAGGAAGAAGAACACGCCGAACAAAGCAACUUGUGGACAAUGAUUCAGAGAGAGAUGGAGAGCAAGAAUAUCAAGUUGCAACACCAAGUCACCAAGGCAACGUCGAUGGAGAUUGAUCACCAACUUGAAAAGUCGCGUGGAAAGGAAGCAGAGUCACAUCUAUUGAUAGUGUCAGAAUUCCUUCCAAUGGAAUCAUUCUCUGCCGACAAUGAUGCCAUCCGUUUAUUAUUGCUUUUAAAGCGUAUCAUUCUCAAGAGCGAGUUGAUCCAAGGAUACUUGUACAAGACAUACAAGGUCGAGGAAAUACUCAACCUUCAGCAACAAGAAGAUGUCAGUCAAGACGACAAACAAAAGCACAUUACCCUGGUCAAGCACUCACUUGCCAUCAUCCAUUUGUUGGACAAGUUGUCCAUCACAACCACCUGGUUGCAAGAGACAAUGCAGAGAUGCUCAGUCGACGCAUGGAUGCGUGCUGGUCGUUCAAUUCGCGACUUGGAACAACAAGAACGUGUCAUUGACGCGUUGUUACAAUUGAUCAAGAGUGAACAGUAUGGUGCAUCAUAUCCAUCAACUGACUUGGAACGUAUCAUUACCAAACUCGAGACACUACUCAACAAUGUAUUUGGUGACAAGAUCUACAAGAGUGAAUGGUCUAUUCUACUCCAAUUCAUGCUCAACAUUCAGUAUUAUAUGAAUCAACUCAUGUUGACUGAUAUCAUCAUGGGUGCUGGCUCAUCAUCUGCUACAACCUUCCUCCCACACGCACGUAUGACAUCGGUCGUACAUGUCUGCAGAAAGGUGAUCAAAAACUUGAUGUGUCAACCACUUUUGCGUACAUCCUCGAUUGUACACGACGUUAUGCGUCAGAGUCAGGAAACAUUGUCCACCAUGUUUGUCCAACUCAACAAUGGAUUGGUGUCGGUCAAGGACGACCCAUCUCAUUUGCAGGGUAUCAUUGCCGGUAUCGACCAACGUGCUCGUCAAUUGGUUGCCGAUGGAGAUGCUGCCGCUGCCAACAAUGCUAUUGGCAUCGACGACUUUAGCGACUCUCAAGAAGAGGGUUCGAUGACUGCCGUUGAAAAGGUGUUCAACCGUAUGGACAAGCAGCUCGGCGACAUUGUCGAGACCAUUCUCGCAGGUGAUUUGCAAUUGUCGGACAAGGAAAAGUCAGACGUGUUGGCUGCCCCACAUCCAUGGACUAUCCGUGCCGCCCAACUCAAACAGGCACUCAACGAAGUUGGUCAAUUGCGUGACUCGCUCUCGGGCAAAGACGCCGAGAUGCUCGAGUUUGUCAAGCAGCUGCGUGCUCGUGAAGCAGACCUACUCGAAGAAAAGAGAAAGGAAGAAGCACUAGACAAGCGUAUCAAGACACUUCUCAAGAACGAAAACGACUUGACCGAGAGUCUGGCCAAGGAGACACAACAACGUGCCGAGACUGAAACCACCUACAAACAAGCCAUCGUCAAACUGCAAAAGGACCGUUCCAACUUUGAGAAUGAGUUAAAGCAGCUCCAAAUCAGAUACAUCACACUCGAAAAGGAAUCAUCCAAAAAGAUAUCACAAUCGUCGUCUGCUGCAGCCGCUGCUGCCCAAUUGUCGGGUAUUGAAAUUCGUCAGGACAACAUUGAAACCAUUUGUCUGAGAAAGGCAAUCCGUCACUUGCGCAAUGAAAACCAACGACUCAAAGGUCUCAGAUCACUUCAAGAAUUGUCUCGUUUGGGUAUCUAUGACCCUCUGAAACCAACAACUCUUUUGAAUCAAAAUAAUGUCCAAAUGAACGAAACGGAUGGGGGAAAGGAAGGAGGAAACAAAUCAAUGUCAUUGACAACUGGAAAACACAUCAAGUUUAAUGAAAUUGUAGACUAUAGCAAACAAGUCGACAGUUGCAUUGGUGAGUUGCUCGAGACGAUCGUUGCACCCAAGGUGAUCGAUCUUGCCAAGGGCUCUAAAAACAAUUUACAACUUUUGGAAGAGAUUGAAGUCAAGAAACAAAGUCUACGUCACAAGUUUGUCCAAGUCAAGCAGUUGGAGAACAAGAUGACCUCGCUCAUCAACCAAUCGAUCAACUCGUCCAUUCCACCAGCUGCAUCGCCAACCUCUCACCAUCACCAUCACCAUCACCAAUUUGGCAAACUUGCCGAUUCUUUUGUAUCGACCAGAGUUAAAAGUAAUAUUAGAAAUCAUAGAAUUGGAUCGAUCACUUUACCAACAACCAGUACUACUACGACAAUUGAUUCUGCCUCUUCAUCCUCCACUUCUAUUGCCAAUAUCACACCAUCUUCACACUCUUCUUUACUUUUUGACAAAGAAAUUCAAAAGGCACUUUCAAUUGAUUCUUCCUCUAUCACUUCAAUACCAUUGCCUGUCAAUUUAAAUGGUUAUAAAUCAUUUAAAGAUAUUCAUUCCAUUUUUGCAAAUUAA